AAUCCAAUUGAACUCAGAUGGAGAUGGUGUUUGGAACUCCCCUACCAGUGACCCCAACAUCGGAUUUAGGCCUCAACAAAUCAUAAGGAAGCAAGAUCUAGAUGGCAGAAUAUGAGAAACUUAGACAAAAAACUAUAGAACAAAAUAGAAUCAGGAUGAAGAAUUUAGGGGUUACAUCCAUGGCUUAUGAAAUGAAACAGUUGCUGAAGGGAUCGAAACAAACGAAAAAAAGGAAGAAGGUGACUAAAAGUAUACACCUGAUGAAGAGGGUGAACUGAACCAAUCAAGUGAAGAGGAUGAAAAUGAGAUAAGGAAAACCGGUGUAAACUUGAGGUCUCGUUCAAAGAAGGUUGUGGCAUUGAGAGGGAAGAUAACCACAAACAUUAAGGACACGACAGAUGUCUCUUCAGUACCAAUGGCUAAUCUAACUAAGGACACGGCAGGUGUCUCUUCAGUACCAACGCAAAGAAAAAUCCAAUUGGGCAAGUCUACUGCACAGAAAAAAUCAGAAGUCCAUAAUCAGCAAGAGAAAGAGGUUGAGAUUGGGAAUAGUGUCCAAACUAAGACGGGUCAGAGUAAGACAGUGGUUGCUCCUAGUUCACUCAGUGCUUAUAGGCAAAUGCAAACACAGUUGCUAGAAAAAAAGAGGAGAGCAAAACAAAGUGAUUUAUUACUACGACGAAAACUACGACCUAUUAACAUGGCUAGUUCACUAGUGCAUUUAGGGAGUUCACAAGCACAAAGUUUUUCACAACCACAAAGAUUUAGACAUGACUUACAGGAAUAUUACGAGAAUCAUAUGGGUGCAAAUGAACGUAAUUUGGAACAAUAUGUAGAUGAAGAAGAUGAGUUCAGUGAUGAUUUGAGUACUCUUACCCCCGAGGAGCUAGGAAUGCAAGAUGAACCACUAAUGAAUCAAGAGCACGAAAGUGAAAAAAUAGCACUUCCAAAAAGGAAGCGAACCAGAGGACCAACUAUGUGUAAAGAUGUCCAUGAAUGGACAUUAGAGGAGCGUAAGCCUAUUGUUCUUAAUGAAAUGGGAAAGCCUAUUGGUCCUGAUGAUAAGACUGUAAAUACAUUUACAAGAUUCUUAGGGACUUUAGCUCGUAAUUCUUCUCUAGCGCCGUUGAACAAGAUUAAUUGGCAUUAUGUUCCAGACAAGGAACAAAUUUGGAGUUACGUGAAGAAGAAAUACAUUAUCGCGGAUGAAGGUAAAAACUGUGUUUUGUCAUCCGUGGGAAGGCUUUGGCGUAGAUAUAAAUGUAGUGUAAAGGCAGCGCACUUUACUCCGUACGACAAUGAUGGUGAUAGGUUGGCAAAUCCUCCUAAUACAAUUCCGGAAGCGCAUUUCAAAGAGUUGCUAGAAUUUUGGAAUUUGGAACAAGUCCAGGUAAAGUUAUGUUGUUUGUUUCCAUUAUAUUACAAUUGCUUAUUUUCCUCUCAAAAUGAAAUGUGUUAGGCUAUGAAUCGUGUGUUAUGCAUGCAUGCAGGAAGACAACAAAAAGAAAAGGGAAAUAAGUAUAGAUCAAAACGAUAGGCACACUAUGGGUCCUAUGACUUAUGCGAGGAAACAACAUAAAUUGCAACAACUAGAUGUUGAAAACAAGCCACCAUCCUUAGCACUCAUGUACAAAGAAAGUCGUAAAAGGAAAGCAGACAAAAAAUACAAAACAUCUUAUGAGCCCACCCAAAGUAACAUUGACAAGAUGGAUGAGGUACAAAUUCAAAGUGAAAUUGAUGGAGAUGUUGCAUACUAUGAAGUAAUGAAUAAACCAAAUAACUUUGGCCAUAGAAAAAAGCAACCGGGAAUAUGUUCACUAAGGGGAAAGAGCAACAAACUAAUAAUUCCCAAUGAGUUCUUAAAGCCCUAUAAAGACCAAAUUGUGAAAGAAAUUGUAGCAGAAUUAAUGAAGACGCUCAAGCAAAUUAAUCCUGAAGUGUUGGAAACUUUGACUCGAUCACUUGAAAAUGUGUCAUCCAAUCCAGAACUUACAGAUCAUAUUCCCAUUGUACACUCUAAUGAACAACAACGAAAUGAGGAUCAAUUGGAUCAAGAUGAAGAAUAGGAUAACAAUUGAUGAUGCUACAAGAACUUUCUUUUACCGCUGUUUUGUUGCUGCUACCGCUGUUUUGCUGCUAUUUUUUGCUGUUACUGCUGUUUUUCCACUGCUACUGUUGUCUGUUGUUGCCACUACUCUCUGCCACAGUUGUCUGCUACUGUUGGAAGCUGCCACUCAUGUGUGCUACUGCUGGUUGCUGCUAAAGACUGCUGCUAGCAGCUUAUGUUACUACUUCUGCCAUUCUGCACAUCGAACUUAAUUUUCUUUGUGUUUGGAUUAUUAUAUUGUUUGGCUAAACAUUAAAAUGGGUGUUUAUGGAUUUUUUUUAAU